UCAGAUUUGAGACACUGUAACACUUCACUGUGAGAUGUUCGUUUUUGUUUUGUUUUUGCUUUGAUGCAAUUAUUGCCUCGGAGAGAACGUCACAUCACGAACACCGUGAAUAAGUUUAGGCCUACUGUUUUUUUUUCUUUUCUUUUUUUUUCAUCUGUUGUUCGGUUUGGAUCGAUACAGGAAGUAAGAACGCAAUGGCAUUCAGCGAACAGGACAAUAUUAAAUAAUCUCCAUCGAUCAUCUGUAUUACAUUCACAACUCUACAGAAAACAUGCAAAAUAUAUUAUUGUUUUCUCUGUUACUUCUGGGAGGUGUGCUUAAAGCAGAAACAGAUGAGACAACAUCAGUGAUGGAAGGAGAUUCUGUCACUCUACACACUAAUCUCACUGAAAUACUGAACGAUGAUACUUUACUGUGGGUGUUUGGGCCUAAAGAAUCUGUAAUUUCUCAAAUAACAAGAAAGAGUGAUUUGACCUCAUUUUUUGUCACUGAUGAUGUGAGAUUCAAAGGAAGAUUGCUGGUGGAUCAAAACACAGGCUCUCUCACCAUCAGAAACACCAGAAAGAGACACUCAGGACAAUAUAAACUAACAAUCUCUAGAGAAAAGAUCACAUCCAGGAUAUUCAGUCUGAAUGUCUUUGGUGUGGUUGGUGAGACGGGUGGAGUAAAGUCAGUAUCAAUGAUGGAGGGAGAUUCUGUCACUCUCCAGAAUGAUGUUACUGAAUUACAAGAGGAUGAUCUGAUAGUGUGGAGGUUUGGAGAUAAAGGCGUCCUCCUGGCUAAUAUUGAUGUAGAAACUAAUGAGGCCUCAAUAAAUGCUGACGAUGAGCGAUUCAGGAACCGACUACAACUAAAUCAGACUGGAUCUUUGACCAUCAAAGACGUCAGAACUGAACACUCUGGACUUUAUGAAGUACAGAUCAGAGGCCGAGAGAGCUCACAGCAAUUCCUUGUUUCUGUCAUCGGUGAGUUUUAAAGCAAAAAUAUUUGGAAAUAAAUGAGUAUGAAAUACAA